GUUUUAAAUAAAUCAACGUCAAAAAAAGCAAACACCGUGUUCUUCGUUCUUCCUUCUUCCAUCCGAUCGUCUGUCAGAAAAAUCUAAAAAAAAUAAAAAUCUCCAUUGUAUCUGAUUAGUGAUUUUCUCAGUUGACUACUGUAAUAAUUUGCUAUCGUAACUACAAUGGAUGAUAACUCCUUGAGCGAUGACGAAGUAAAGGAAUCUCCUCUCAGCCCUGUUAUGGGUGGAAAGAAGCUGAAAUUAAACGACGGAAGUUCGCAGGAUAGCUCCAAUGGAUCAGCUUCGUCGAGCAAGGUCGUGAAGGACGAAAAUGUGGACAGCGGAGUGUCUGCAGAUAAAUCAGAGAGCAUUAGCAGUGAGGAGCGAGCCGCAGAGCCUUUAGAAGGGCCCUCGAACGUGGUGGUUAACGCGGCGCCGUCGAGCAGUAUCCAUGGGAUCGUUCUAAACAUACGGCGCCCAAGACUUGGAAGGUGUUACAGAAAACGGAAAACGCCCGACAGAGACUCUGACAGUGAUAAUUCAAGGGAUUCUGAUGAUUUAUCAACAGAAGAAAGCCCUCCUGUGUCAAGGAGAUUGUCUAAUAACUCAGAUGGAGAGAGUGUGGAUUUGGAAAGGUCUUUAGGCGCAUUUUCAGAGGUGUCAAGAAGCCCCUCCAGCAAUAGCAACCACAGUUCUUCCAAUGAGUCAAGUUACGGGCAGUCCAGCGAGCUAAAUCUGAUCAACUCAGACUCAGACAGUGAUGAUGGCAACCUGUGGCAAAGGUCUGACAUUGACCAAGAGGACAAGGCUAAGAUGGACAGUGUCUUGUCCAAGACUAGGCCAAAACAUAAUUAUUUUAUAUUGAGAGAGAUUCUGAAUCGAGAGAUGGGGCUGACGCUGCCCAGUGGAAAGACAACCAAGGAGGAUGUGAUGUUUGAAAGGAGGUUCUAUGGCUCGCUGCACGCCGUUUACAGGCUGCAGAAGUUGCACCACCUCAACAAGCAUAAGGGCUGUGUUAAUUCUAUAAAUUUUCAUCCUGAAGGUCAACUACUAGCGUCGGGGUCGGACGACACGAACGUGGUGGUGUGGGACUGGGCGCGGCAGGCGGCGCUGCAGACCAUCAAGACCGGCCACAAGUCCAACGUCUUCCAGAGCAAGUUCCUGCACCUCAACGCCAGGAGCCAGCUCAACAUCGUCACUUGCGCCAGGGAUGGACAGGUCCGUCUUCUCCAAUGCCCGCCGAGCGGUGGCGCCACGGUGUCGCGGCGGCGGCUCGCGUCGCACUCGCGCGCCGCGCACAAGCUGCAUGUCAGCGCGCAUGCGCCGCACCUCGUCGUGUCGGGCGGCGAGGACGGCGUCGUGCUGCAGUGCGACGUGCGCGCCGAGCAGGCCAACAAACUGUUCCACGUGAAGGAAUCCGGCUCGUCGAUCCCUCUGUACAGCGUGUCAGGACACCCACUGGAGCCCCGCCUGCUAUGCGUGGCAGGCCGAGACCGCUUCGUCCGCGUGUACGACACGAGGCACGCGGCGCGCGCGAGGGAUCUCUACUGUCCUAACUCCUUCCAAGACCAUGAGACAGACGGCAAGAAGAAGUUCAAAUACAACAUGAUGCAUCUGACAUGUGCGAUAUACAACCACGACGGCAGCGAAAUACUCGGGUCGUACAACGACGAAGAUAUCUACCUCUUCGACAGCAUACGAGAUGUCUACGAUAAAGACAACCCUAACAGGGAGACGAACGGCUACACGCACAAGUACAGCGGGCACCGGAACAGCGCCACGUUCAAAGGGGUCGCGUUCUUCGGGCCCAAGAGCCAGUACGUCGUGUCGGGCUCGGACUGCAGCCAUAUAUACAUCUGGGAGAAGGAGACUGAGGCCAUCGUGCAGUGGAUGGAGGGCGACAUCGGCGGCGUGGUGAACUGCAUAGAGACGCACCCGCGCAGCCCCGUGCUGGCGAGCAGCGGGCUGGAUAAGGACGUGAAGAUCUGGGUCCCCUCCAGCCAGCAGGAGCCCACCUACGCGGGCCUAGAGAAGAUAGUCCGCGAGAACAGCACCACCCAGAGGAGUCCGCUGUUCAGUGAUUUUUUACCUACACUCUAUAGUGCGUGGCGCGGCGAGAACCGCCUCUUCACCGACGAGGACCGCGCGCCGCCCUACGGCGGCAACAUCGAGUUCGACGGCAACGUCUGCACUGCCUUCUAGUGAACGGGCUCAUCUAGCUGGCCGGAUAUUUCCUCACGGAUGUAGCCUUGUCUGUCUCUGUGUGCGUGACCACACCGUUAUAACCGGAUUACCACCGGAGACGUCACGCGUCACGCAUGUACAGCGAGCGAAGUUGUUUGGUAUGCAUCCCUAGUUGCUUAUCUUUAUAGAAACUAAACCGUUUCGCUGACUGUACGGAGUGAUGAUCUAUUGUGAGAGAAAACAUCUAUAGUUGGGUAGCCGUUUGAUAGUCCAUUUAAUGUUAACCUGUAUAUGUUUAUUAUAUUAAAAUAUACUUUGUUAUGAUUAUAAUAAACGAGGUGCACGGUUUAUAAAAAGUUGUAGAUUCUGUUACGUAUAUAAGGUAUACAUGUUUAUUUGUUAUUUAGAAUAUUGUUUGUGUUUUUUUAAUGUUCACAAUGCUUAAAACGUCAUUAACCUGAAGUCCCAAUAAACAAUAUGUAAUUUCUAAUAUUAUGCUGUUCAUAUUGCUGUUCAUCGUCAUAUAGGUAUUAAGAAGUAUGUAUAUUUGUAUAUAGUUAUCAGGGUUUUCUUUACAAGAUCCCAUUUGAUUGGACUAUAAAAGGUAGCCACGAUCUGAACCAUAAUUCCUUAUUUUGCCUUUGGAUUAAACUAUGUAGUCUACCAACUACGUACUUGAUUAAAAUACUUUGUAUGUAUGUAUAUAUUUACGCUUGUAAAAUUGUGACUUGUAGCUUUAUACAACAUGGCCUUGAUUUUAACUAUAAAACUAACGUGAGAACAUAUUAAAAUUAUUUUGAACGGGUUACUCAAGUAUUAUAAGAUAAGUCAAAUGAUCAGCCGAAGAUCCUCAAAAACGGAUCUAAAUAUGUCGAGCGUUUAUAGGAAUUUCCGUUUUAAAGUUGUACCAAAAAUUUUCGUGUUAGAAUUGGGAAUUUUUAUAUUAUUUCUACUUGAGCUUUAUCCAUUUUUACUCAAAAAAAAAGUGUCCCUAAAGUUUUUGGUCCGUUUGGAUACGGUUUUCUAUACAAUCUUGUAUGACCGUAAUAAAACGGGCAAAAAAAAAUUUUAUGCAAUUUUGGGGACAUUUUUUUACUCGUAUUAGGAUGGAAAGAGCUCGUGAUUCUGAGUGGAAAAAAUAUAAAAAUUCCAAAAUCUAAAGUGCAAGUCGGGGGUACAACUUUAAAUAGAAAUGCCCUUAUUCGACUUAAUAAUACGUGAAUAUUAGUGAGUAACCCGUUUAAAAUAUUUUUAAUAGGGCCUUAAUUGUCCAGCUCUUAGGUCGAGGCUGCCUCAAAAGGCUAUCCAGCUGUGUUAAGAUAUUUCAAGCUGUAAUGUCUAUUGACAUUAGCUGAUUUGUUCUGCCAAGCAGCUCCAUGUAAAUAAACUUAUAGUUAGUUCCUGGAUAGAACAUACACACGUGCAACUAAUCUAGCCGUGGGUGAAGUCGAAUCUGCGAGGCUAUUUUCUUUCAAUGUGUGUUUUCAAGGAUAUAUAAAUGGCUGGCUCCGGCGCGGCGGAGCUCCCUUAAAGGCUGGCGUCCACUAGGCUCGCCGAGGCGGAUCGCAAUAAUUCGCCUUCUACAUUCUACAUUUACUAUGAAACUGCGUCUAUUGACGAAGAGCCGCGGCGCGUCGAAUCGAAUUUACCAUUAUUAAAUAUAUUAAUAACGGGUCACUCACGUGUUUUAAGUCGAAAACGCUCGACAUGUUUCACUCCGUACCGAGGAGCGUCAUCAGGACCCCCAGGCGCAAGAGGUCUGCGCCGGUCCGUCACCGUCGACGCAAGCUCCUGAUGACGCUCCUCGGUACGGAGUGAAACAUGUCGAGCGUUUUCGACUUAAAACACGUGAGUGACCCGUUAUUAAUAUAUUUAAUAUGUCUAUGUCUCACGGAAGUUUUGUUAUUAGAAUUUACCAUUCAUAGUAAAUGUAUAGAAGGCGAAUUAUUGCGAUUCGAUUCGCCUCGGCGAGUCUAGUGGGGUGAGGUGAGGUGGUGUUACGAGAGUCCAGAGUCCUCGUCCAAAAAGAGCCAAAUAGCCCGCGUUCGAGAAUACCCUUGUGGGUUACACCGUUUCGUGAUAUGGUGGUUAUUGUACAUAUUAAAGGUCAUAAACGUGCUCCACCACCCACAACCCCAAUGCAUCAAUAUGUACCCAAUACUUCAAUAAGCCAACGAGCACUUAUGUUAUUAAAGGUUAAACAGGUUAGUGGCUUCUCGUCUCCGGUCUUGCAGGAGCAAAACCAUAGGUUUUGAGGACAACUUGUCAGGCGUUUAUGCGGUCUACAAACGUAACAACAUUGCACUCUGGCUAUAGUGAGCGAUAGGGACGCAGCUAUCUGUUAGAAUAAGGGAACCGUUCCAAAUCAAAGUAUAGCUGGGUCCCUUUAGAAGUUUAGAUUAUUGUGAUAUAAUAUAAUUGAUAGAUUUGAUAGGUUUGUAGAACGUUUUAAUGUAAAUUUCCUUCUGAACGCGUCAUGACAAGUGUUAUGUGUGUAAAUCCCCUUAUUUAUACUAGAUACUUGCAAUAAAAUGAAACAAAUUGUUUGAU